AUGACUACCGAUGCCAUUCCAAACACAAGAGCACUAGAGCGAAGACAUGCACAAUCGAGAAGAAUAAGAAUUUCGGCUCUUUCCAUGGCGAAUGCGAACGAACAGGAGGAUGCCGAUGAUCAUUUAACAACAACAACAACAACAACAACCACCGCAAAAGACCCUUUUGUUCCAUUGUCGCAAUAUCGAUCCCCCGUCCUCGAACAAUCGGGGUUGUUUGACGAUGGCCAGGAGCAUUCGUUGUGGGAACAAAUUCAACUCGAAGCCAAAUUGGUCUUGCAAACGGAACCCGAAGUGGGAACUCAAAUUUAUCAAUUUGUAUUGAGUCAACCAAGCUUGUUGGAUGCCCUGUCGAGUGUGAUUGCCCAAGAACUUGAGACGGAACUCAUCCCAGCGACCCAAUUGGUCAAUUUAAUGUGCGAAAUGUUGUCGCCCCAUCCAGAAGAUUUGUUGGCGUUGGAACAAGAUAUUAUUGCGGCCGCCACUCGUAGUCCUUCCAUUGACAGCGCCUUGACGUCCAUGCUCCACAAUACGGGCUUGCACGCAUUGGUGGCCUUUCGUGUCGGACAUCGAUUGUGGAAUGCCCAACGCAAGGGAUUGGCGUACUACUUGCAAUCCACCGUGAGCCGACGAUAUUCGGCCGAUUUGCAUCCGGCGUGUACCAUGGGUGUGGGUAUUUAUCUUAAAGCGGGAGCGGGUGGGAUUGUCAUUGGAGAAACGGCCAAGAUUGGCAACAAUGUCUCCAUUUUGCAAGGAGUUACCUUGGGUGGCACGGGCAAGGAACGCGGAGACCGUCAUCCAAAGGUGGGAGAUGGAGUCAUUUUGGGAAAUGAUGCCAGCGUCUUGGGGAACAUUCCCGUGGGAGAUGGAGCUGUCGUGACGGCCAAGUCCAUUGUGACCAAACCAGUCAAGCCACUGGCAGUCAUGACGGGGGUGCCGGCCAAGGUCAUGAGGUAUCGAUCAAUAAAGACGGAUGAGGAUGCUGAAUUGGAGUUCAAUACAGACUUGAGCGAACAUUUGGCAGUCAAGUAUCUGGAUACAUGGAGGAAACUAUAUUGUUAG